AUGAUUGGCCUCGAAGCCAAUCAGGAGAAGAUCAUCAUGUUUUGGCGCAGUCUUACCAAUGACAUUCGCAAGGAGAUGUUCCGUGCGAGGUUGCAUCCAGAGCAGUCGACUUGGGAAGAGGUCACCGCUGGUGCUGAAGAAGCCGAAGUCAUUGUCAAUCUUGACAAUGAAGAUGAUCUCACCGAGACCCAGGGAGUUGAGACCAAGAAAGACACCUUGAAUUCGAAGGAUAAGCACUCAAACAGAGGGCGUAUCCUGUCUGUAUCCAGUGCCAAUGUCUUGGAGAAUGAGAAUAAAUGA